GCCGCCGCCGCAGAGGGCAGGGAACCGGGAACCGGGAGCCGGGCAGGGGCAAAGCGGCGGGGCCGGAGCCCCGAGGGGGAGUUGUCGGCCGCGCCGUCGGGGCCGCGCCGGUCCUUGGCCGGAGCCUGCAUGGGGCGGCGGCGCUGAGCCCGGCCGCCCCCGCCGCCGCCGCCGCCGCCGCGCUCCCGCCCCGGCCCCGCCAUGGCCGAGGCCCCGCAGCUGGUGGACAUCGACCCCGACUUCGAGCCGCUGCCGCGGCCCCGCUCCUGCACCUGGCCCCUGCCGCGCCCGGAGUUCAACCCCCCCAGCUCGGCCACCUCCAGCCCGGCGCCGUCGUGCGGAGGGCAGCCCGAGGGGGCGGCCGGGGCCGCGGCCGGCGCUUCGGGAGGGCUCAGCGCCGACUUCAUCAGCAACCUCAGCCUGCUAGAGGAGAGCGAGGACUUCGCGGCGCUGCCCCCCGCCGCCGCCGGCCCCCCCCCCGAGGCGGCCGCCUGCCGCUGCGGGGACUUCCCGGCGCCCGAGCCCGGCUGCCGCCUCCACCCGCCGGUGCCGCCGGUGCCGCCGCCCGUGGCCGGUCUGUCGCCGGGUCCCGUGGCCGGGCAGCCCCGCAAGAGCAGCUCGUCGCGCCGCAACGCCUGGGGCAACCUGUCCUACGCGGACCUCAUCACCAAGGCCAUCGAGAGCUCCCCCGAGAAGCGGCUCACCUCCCAGAUCUACGAGUGGAUGGUCAAGAGCGUCCCCUACUUCAAGGAUAAGGGCGACAGCAACAGCUCGGCCGGCUGGAAGAAAAAUGUGGAAGACGGAUAUGCUUACUUUACUGUCAACUCCUGUGAAGAAGGAACUUCAAAUUCACUGAUGCUGGCUGCAGCUAGUCAUAGUUAA